ACACAUCUAUUUUCUUUACCCUCAUAUAUCCACAAACAAAAUUCAAAUCGCAGCAAUGAGUUUGGAGGAGAAAACUAGCAGUUCUCUGGAGGAACCGCCAAGUAGCUUGGAGGUCGACGAAGAUGAACAGGAGUUAUGCAAAAUUGAUAAAGAACUACGGGAAAAAAUAUCCAAAAGCAUUAAAAAACAGGAAAAUAAAUCCUGGGAAACCCUGCCUGAAUGCCGUUUAGAGGACAUGGGCUUCAUGGAGUCCAGGCAAGAUCUCCACUUCACUUUCGGCUGCAGCAAGGAGUAUAUGGUCCGGGGAAUAACGGAUCUGUUGGAGAACAAAAAGUGCACAGACGUAGUGAUCCAUGUGGGCGACCAGUCCUUCAAGUGCCAUUUACCUGUGUUGCAGGUGUGCACCGAAUACUUCAAGCAAUUUAACCGGGUGGAUUCAGUCACUUUAACUACGGAUAUGGUAACGCCAAAGGGCUUUGAGCUGGCCUACGAAUGGAUGACCCAUGCGAAUGCCAAACUAACCCGAAAACACAUUGUGGAACUCUAUAUGACUGCCAGUUUCCUUGAAAUUCCAGAGCUAAACGCCCAUCUGUGGAGUCGAUUGGACAAUCCGAAGUUGCUUAAUGGCUUCGAGGCCUUUCGAUUGUAUCUCGAGUGUCUGCCCCUGAAGGCGGCUGUUCUGCAGGAACUGAUGCUGGGCCGCAUUCAUAACUACUUUCUGAUGGCCGUGGCCACGGAGGAAUAUCUGGCAUUGGAACCCAGGCACGUCUUCCAGCUGCUCGGUCACAUAAAUAUGUGUGUUAAUUCCGAGAUGGAGAUGUUUAUGAGUGGUGUGAGAUGGCUAUUCUACGAUUGGGAAAAUCGCAAAGAGUUUGCGGUGACCAUUAUGCAGGCGAUACGCUUUAAUCUAAUGCCCGCCUGGUAUACCACUGUUCUGAAGACCAAACACUCGGAUGCGGAGUUCCAGGAGCUGUUGGACAUGCCGCAAAUCCAGUCGAUGAUCAAUCUGGGCCUUUCCUUCUCGAUAACCCACAACUUUCUGGAUCCCACGUCGCCUUUAAAGGAACCACUGCAGAUGCAGAAGCCCCAGGAACGCCAGUGGGUCUUCAAUCCGAACAUUCGACAUCACCAUAGAUACGAGUGUCCCAAGUGGCGGUAUCUGAAUCUGGAUGUCUUCAAUGAGUACAUGCAGCACAUCAUCAUCGCAGGUCCUCGGUAUGUGCCCUCCCUGGAGUAUCUGAAGCCCGGCCAGAUGAUGACCUGCUGCCACGAUGCCCUGGAAAAGAAAUCAUUAAAUAAAUGA